AUGCCUCUCUUCUCCGUCUACGCCCCCGACUACACCGAUGAGGACGCCAUCAACCGUCGCCUCGCUGCCCGCACUGCGCACCUCGCGAAAGCCGCGGGCAACCCUUCGAUGAAGAUCGGUGGUGCCAUGCUCACCCCCAACGAAGCCCUCGACUCGCCCGACGCGUCAAAGAAGAUGGCGGGAUCCUUCAUGAUCUGGGAGUGCGAGAACUACGCGGCGGCGAUCAAGAUGUUGGAGGAGGAUCCGUACUGGUCCGGCAAUGUGUGGGACAAGGAGAAGACCGUCAUCCGGCCGUGGGUCUCGCCGGUGCCUCUUUGA